CGGGCCCAGCAGACAUCAGAGCUCCAAGAUGGCGUCAGCAGUGUCAUUGAAGGAGAAGAAACUCAUGGAUGUCAAACUAGGGGAGCUGCCAAGUUGGAUUUUGAUGCGGGAUUUCACGCCUAACGGCAUUGUUGGAGCCUUUCAAAGAGGUUAUCACCGGUAUUAUAACAAGUACAUCAACGUGAAGAAGGGGAGCAUCGGUGGGGUUACUAUGGUGCUGGCAGCUUACGUGCUUUUCAGCUACUGUCUUUCUUACAAGGAGCUCAAACAUGAGCGGCUACGCAAGUACCACUGAAGAGGGCCCCAUGGGAGGUGCCUUCGGCAGUCCUGACCUUGACUUCCUUGGCCCAGCACCUUCUGUGAGGAACUCAGUCAUAAUUGAAUCUUUUCACAUCCUAGUGAGAAUUAACCUCCAAAUAAAAGAUGACUGGUAAUGUGUGCUGCUUA